AUAUUCCCCAUAUGCUAUAUCCCCAUCCCUCACCCAAGCAAGAAAAAUACUACACAAUAAGAAAGAACAUCAAAAAAUAUGAUGAAUGUUGUAAUUGUGGCCAUUUUGGCUUUGGCAACCACCCUUGUUUCAGCUUAUGACCCCAGUCCAUUGCAAGACUUCUGUGUUGCAAUUAACAACACCGAUUCCGCUGUAUUUGUGAAUGGAAAAUUUUGCAAGGAUCCAGCAACUGUCACAGCCAACGAUUUUUUCUUUCCUGGACUCAAUAUUCCUACAAACACAGCUGCAAGUAAACUUGGAUUGGGGGUCAAUCUUGUGAACGUCGAUAAAUUACCAGGUCUCAACACUCUAGGCAUAUCUUUGGCUCGUGUUGACUUUGCACCAUAUGGCCUCAGUCCUCCUCACACUCACCCUCGCGGCACUGAGCUUUUGGUAGUCAUGGAGGGUACUCUCUUGGUUGGAUUUGUCACAUCCAACCCAAACAAACUCUUCACCAAAGUUCUAAACAAGGGAGACGUCUUUGUAUUCCCAAUUGGUCUUAUUCACUUCCAAUUCAACAUAGGGCAAACCAAUGCUAUUGCCUUUGUUGGUUUCAACAGUCAAAAUCCUGGGUUGAUCACCAUAGCAAACGCAGUUUUUGGGUCUAAUCCUCCAAUCAAUCCUGAUGUUCUUACCAAGGCCUUCCAGUUGGACAAGAAUGUAGUUGAUUAUCUUCAAAAACAAUUCUAAGUCAACUACAAUUUAAGAAAAUAUUUGUAAUAGGAAUAAUUAACCACUAUAUAGUUUGAAUAAAGUUUACAUUGUUUGCUUGAUGUAAUGCCAUAGAAAUAAUUAUUUUUCAAAUAAAAUGAUUUGUUAUUUUUAUUUUA